AUGCUCUCACGGCUCUCGCCGACAAUUCACUUUUUGCCACUUUAUCUCGGCACAUCUAAUCGGAAUGUGCUGUCGUCAACCCUGAUCGUUGACUGCCUACUUUCAGACUCUUUUCCUCAGCCGCUAUCGCAGAACUCACAAGGAAGGAGGAAGGCCAAAGGCUCCGUUAGGCGUUUGAUUCGACUCAAUAAAUCGUGCAGAAAUGGGUUGAUUUUUUUCAUUUCAAAGGCAUCAUCGAACCUGACCGAGGCAGAAUUUCGCGAGUAUGCUGAGCUGUUGCAUCGAUCGAAACACGGUGAAUUGCCGUUGAAGGAACUUCUCCAUAAACUUAUGGAACUAUUCGGUCCAUGGAGAAAGCACCUUUUGACAAGUAAGCCGCUCUUUGUUUCAAUCCUAUUCUUAUUGGUUUAUGCAAACUGCAAUUAUACCCUAUCUUGA